CUCUCCUGACAGAACCAUCAACAUCUUCCACUGUCUGAUGGAGAUGAACGACCGCUCAGUACAUCAGGAGAUCCAAGAGUUCCUGAAGUCAGAGAACAGAUUAGAGUACCUCUCUGAUAUCCAGUGCUCAGCUCUGGCCUACAUGCUGCAGAUGUCAGAGGAGGUUCUGGAUGAGUUGGACCUGGAGAAGUACAACACAUCAGAGGAGGGAAAACGGAGACUGAUCCCAGCUGUGAGGAACUGCAGAAAGGCUCGAUUUGUUGGCUGUGGACUCUCAGAGACUCACUGUGAAGUUGUGGCCUCAGCUCUGAAGUCCAACCCCUCCCAUCUCACACACUUGGACCUGGCUGGAAAUGACCUGCAGGAUUCAGUAGAGAAGCGUCUGUCUCCUGGACUGGAGAGUCCAAACUGUAGACUGAAGACUCUGAGAUUGGAGUGCUGCAGUUUGUCAGAGAUCAGCUGUGCUUCUCUGGCCUCAGCUCUGAAGUGCAACCCCUCCCAUCUCAGAGAGCUGGAUCUGGGAGGAAACAAGCUGCAGGAUUCAGGAGUGAAGUGUCUGUCUGCUGGACUGGAGAGUCCAAACUGUAGACUGGAGACUCUGAGAUUGAGGUACUGCAGGUUGUCAGAGAUCAGCUGUGCUUCUCUGGCCUCAGCUCUGAAGUGCAACCCCUCCCAUCUCAGAGUGCUGGAUCUGAGCUACAACAACCUGCAGGAUUCAGACAUGAAGCAGCUGAUUGAUCUUCAGCAGAGUCCAGACUGCAGACUGGAGACUCUGAGAUGGAAGUGGCAGUAGUGAUCUGAGUCAGAGUGAGAGUGAACAUCCAGGAGUGUUGAGAGAGGAUCAGCUGGAUCCUGAUGAUCCAUCUGGAGUCUGGAUCUCGAUUUAGUCGUCUUCACUUAAGUCUC